AUGUUACCAAACGAGUUACUGGCCUCCUUGAUCCCUCAAUACCCUACCCUAACCACACAGCUCCGAACCCUGACGACGCUGCUGUCAUACCCCACCCUGCCCUCACCACCCUCUAUCCUACUCUACGGACCAGCUCUAUCGAUUCCCGGCGGACUACCCGAGCAUGCACUGAGAGCUGUACUGGAAGGGAGUGAUGACGUGGAAUACCGCUGGAUCAACUGUGUCGAGACCAUCACGCCUCGCCUCAUUUUUGAGGCUGUCGUGGGCGGGGAGGUAUGGGUUGAGGAAGGGGAUGAAGUACGGAGUGAGAGUCUACGGAUGGGUGAUUUGACGGCGUUUGUGGCUGCUGUGCGACACGCUUACACUUCACGUACCACCAAGAUCGUUUUAGUCUUCUCAUCCGUCCACCUCCUCACAUCCCUCGCCCUCCCAACCCUCCUCCAAACCCUCACCUCACUCUCCUCACUAACCUCCAUCCCAACCCUAACAACCCUCCUCCUAACCCCCCACCCACCCCGCCAUCUCCCCUCACAGCCCUCCAUCUCCUUCCCAACACCCCCACCAACCUCCCUAACAGCCCUCAUCUCCUCCCACCCCUUUCCACGCGUGACAUUCGACCCCGUGGGAGAGGAUGAGGCAGAAUGGGAACAGGACGAAUACGAAGCGAGAGAGAAUGCGUGGUGGGAAGUCCUAACAAGUUACUGGCCCCGCUUCGUCGAUACCAUCCAAAAAACCCUCGGACUUAAUUCUGCGGAACUGUUACAGGAAGCUUGUGGGAGACUUUGGCCGCGGUUUCUCAAACCUUUACGGAAUGGGCGGGAAUCGUGGAGUCCGGGGACGGGGGGGACGUUUAUGGGGUUGUAUCGGCACGCUGUUGCGAGUGGGUUGUUCCGGGGUGAAGACGGGGUUAGGGCACGGCUUAUUCCUGGGGAGGAAGUACAGGAAGGGAGGAUGGGACAGUAUGAUUUACCGUAUACGGCAAAGAUGCUACUCAUCGCUGCCUUCCUGGCAUCCUACAACCCAGCCCGACUCGAUGCUCGGUACUUCUCAAAAGGUGGCGGAGCCCCCACUCGCCGCAGAAAAGGCGGUGCAGUAGCGAAAGAAAUCCGGAAACACGACGCAAAGAUCCCUCAGCGACUCCUCGGCCCCAGACCAUUCCCGUUGGAGCGGAUGUUGGCGAUUUUCCAUUCGCUGCUCGAUGAGGAGGAUCAUGUGAGGUUGAUGAAGGGGAAUGUAGAUGUUUCAAGGCAGGUUGCGACGUUGGGUACGCUACGGUUGAUGGUUAAGACGGGGGCGGGGGAUGGUGUUGGGGAUGGUGGGGGGAGGUGGAGGGUUAAUGUUGGGUGGGAGGUUGUGAGGGGGUUGGGACGGGGUGUUGGUAUUGAAGUUGAACGGUUCUUGGCGGAAUGA